GACAGCUCUGGGUACCUCGAAGGCUGUGUCCGCCUCCACUCCCCUUGCUAAAGCCUGCUUUCCUUCGCCCUUUAACUUCAUCCAUCUCUCUCCCUCAAACAAGCAUUCCUCUCCCCCCUCGUCCCUCUCCAACGUCAUGUAAAUUCCCCAACGGAAUCAAAUCUCAAGUGCCGGCCACUUUUCCGUCUAGAACGUGACGCACUUUUUUUUUUCCCCAGUAAUUUUCAACAAUCUUGGUCUAACGUGCGUUAGUAUUAGAUCAAAAGCAAGAACCAGCUUGGAAUGCACUGAAAGCUUUGCAGGGUGACAGUCACACGCUUCAUCUACCCCUUCCCCCACCCCCCCCCUCUCUCUCGCCAGAGUAUGGAAUCUCUCAGAGUCUGGAAGAUUUGGUGAUGAGCUUCAGAUACAGUUAAUGGGAGAGGCAAAGAACAGGCUGCAUUAAAUGUCAUAAAGGAAACGUAAAAGCAAGAGAUAUGCCUCACAUGCAAAUCAAGGAUCCUGAGGAGAACCAUGUGGUUUCGUCUGUUCAACCUAUUCUUCAAACCUUGGAUACUGCAAAAGAGAGCAUAGCCAGGAGGAGAAAUGGAAGGAGACGAGGAGGAAAAGGACUCAUAAUGGAAUCCAAGAAGAUGUUAUUAUCAGAUGCUAAGUUUGAUUCAACUAUGGGGACUCCUCCUGCUUCAUGCAAAAGCCUUUUCAUGUUUCAUCGCAGGCCUGGCUAUGGCCAGCUGGGGACCAAGUGCAUGGUUAAAGCCAACCAUUUUCUCGCUGAGAUACCCGACGCAGACUUGAGUCACUAUAGUGUAGAAAUAACCCCAGAAGUUACGUCUCGUAAACUGAGCAAGGCUAUCAUGACCCAGUUGGUAAAACUGCACAGAGAAACUGACUUAGGAAUGAGGCUACCUGUUUAUGAUGGAGGAAGAAACCUUUACACGGCAAGAUCACUGCCUUUUUUCUCCAAAGACUUCACUGUAACUUUGGUUCACGAAGAGGAGGCAACAGGCAAUCUCAAGAAAAGAGAAUUUAAAGUGACAAUAAAGUUUGAAGCUCUUGCUAGUAUGCUGCAAUUAAGGGAGCUUUUUUCCGGAAAACCAGUCGAUACCCCUCAAGAAGCGAUUACUAUUAUUGACAUUGUACUAAGGGAAUUUGCAGCUCAAAGGUACGUAUCAAUUGGAAGGUCCUUCUAUUCUCCUGAUAUCAAGAAACCACAGCAGAUGGAUGGGGGUUUAGAAUCAUGGCGGGGCUUCUACCAAAGUAUAAGGCCUACUCAAAUGGGAUUGUCACUGAAUAUUGAUAUGUCGGCUACGGCUUUCAUUGAACCACUCCUUGUUAUUGAUUUUGUUGCUCAAAUUUUGUGCAAAGAUGUGUGUAAAAGGCCAUUAUCAGAUGCAGAUCGCGUUAAGGUCAAGAAAGCCCUUAGAGGUGUCAAAGUAGAAGUCACCCACAGAGGAAAUGUACGAAGAAAAUACCGAAUUUCUGGGUUGACAACGCAGCCUACAAGAGAGCUAAUCUUCCCUCUCGAUGGGCACAUGAACAUGAAAUCAGUUGUUGAGUACUUUCAAGAGAUGUAUGGCUAUACCAUUCAGUAUCCCCAUCUACCUUGCCUUCAAGUAGGAAACCAGCGGAAGGUGAACUAUUUACCGAUGGAGGCUUGCAAGAUAGUCGAGGGACAAAGAUAUACAAAAGGGCUAAAUGAGAAGCAGAUCACUUCUUUGCUAAAAGUUUCGUGUCAAAGACCCCGUGAUCAAGAAUCAGACAUUUUACAGACAAUUCAACAAAACGGGUAUGACCAAGAUCCGUAUGCAAAAGAGUUUGGCAUCAGCAUAGACAGCAAGCUUGCAUCAAUUGAGGCUCGAGUUCUACCAGCUCCAUGGCUGAAGUACAAUGAUACUGGAAAAGUAAAAGAAUAUCUUCCUCAAGUUGGUCAGUGGAAUAUGAUGAACAAGAAAGUGAUAAAUGGAAGCACUGUAAGAUAUUGGGCUUGCAUCAACUUCUCGCGAAGUGUCCAAGAAACCACAGCUCGAGGUUUUUGCCAACAGUUGGUUCAGAUGUGCCAAAUCUCCGGCAUGGAUUUUAACUGCGAACCUGUAAUUCCAAUAUAUUCAGCAAGACCUGAUCAGGUAAAGAAGGCCUUGAAAUAUGUGUAUCAUGCUGCUGCAAAGAAACUCGAAGGGAAAGAAUUGGAGUUGCUUAUUGCAAUUCUUCCCGACAACAAUGGCCCAUUGUAUGGUGAUCUAAAAAGAAUUUGUGAAACUGAUCUGGGGUUGAUUUCCCAGUGCUGCCUUACCAAACAUGUAUUCAAGAUUAACAGACAAUACUUGGCAAAUGUGUCACUCAAAAUCAAUGUUAAGAUGGGAGGAAGAAAUACUGUGCUUUUGGAUGCUUUGAGUUGGAGAAUUCCUUUGGUUAGCGAUAUCCCAACCAUAAUUUUUGGGGCUGAUGUAACACAUCCAGAGUCAGGAGAGGACACUAGUCCAUCAAUAGCUGCUGUUGUAGCCUCUCAAGACUGGCCAGAAGUUACAAAAUAUGCCGGGUUAGUAUGUGCUCAGCCUCAUCGGCAAGAACUUAUUCAAGAUUUAUUCAAAACAUGGCAGGAACCUCAACAGGGAACUGUUGCUGGAGGCAUGAUCAGGGAGCUCUUACUUUCAUUCAAGAAAGCCACUGGGCAAAAGCCAUUGAGGAUAAUAUUUUACAGGGAUGGUGUGAGUGAAGGCCAGUUCUACCAGGUUUUGUUGUAUGAACUCGACGCAAUUCGAAAGGCUUGUGCAUCCCUGGAACCCAGUUACCAACCUCCAGUAACAUUUGUGGUUGUCCAAAAGCGGCACCAUACUAGACUCUUCGCAAGCAAUCACAACGACAGAAAUAGCACUGACAAGAGUGGAAAUAUUUUACCUGGCACUGUGGUGGAUUCUAAAAUAUGCCAUCCGACAGAAUUCGACUUUUAUUUAUGUAGUCAUGCUGGAAUCCAGGGCACCAGCCGGCCUGCUCAUUAUCAUGUGCUCUGGGAUGAGAACAACUUCACUGCAGAUGAGAUUCAAUCUCUGACAAAUAAUCUCUGCUAUACGUAUGCAAGGUGCACACGCUCAGUUUCUGUAGUUCCUCCUGCAUAUUAUGCUCAUCUGGCAGCUUAUCGAGCUCGGUUUUACAUGGAACCUGAUGCACCGGAGAAUCCUAAAAUGCGUUGCACACGGACUGCCAAUGGAUCAUGCGUCCGCCCAUUGCCUGCAUUGAAAGAGAAGGUGAAGAAUGUAAUGUUUUACUGCUAAGAGGGAAAGCAAUGAAAAAUGACUAAGUACAGAGAAUAAGGAAGAACAAAAGAGAGUAAUAUGAGAUUAUAGCCAUUUGUACAUGAGUAUUCUUACCUUAUAUUGUAGAGAUUUCCACUAAAAAUUUUGACCACCUGCUCAGUGGUAAUGAAAUGCAGAGUUCUCAGUUAUAUUUA